GGGUCCUGCAGAGUAUGAGGAGCCUCGAUAGAGCUACUGGCGGAAGCCGUGGAGGACCUUGGGAAGGAGGGAGGUCAAAGGUCAGACGCCCCUCUAUUCCCCUCCUUCUUCUGUGGAUGGAGGGGGCGAUAUUAAGCAACAGCAAGGAAGACAAGGGAAGCAGAGGCACAACGAAGAACAGCCCCGGCAUAAGAAUAGCCUGAGGCUCACAACUGGCAGCAAGGGGAGUGUCAUUUCAGUCUAAAAGGCGCUGCAAGGUCUCUGUGUUCACGGAUAACAGGGCUAUAUCUCUGAAUCCCCAGAGAACAGUUUAUCAUCAAGGAUAAUCUGACAAAAAAAGAAAUUUUCUCUUUAGAACUUGUUCAGAUGGAUGAAUGUGCUGGGUCCGAAUUAGGAAAAGGACUUUCUGCCAUUUGGUCUGAGAGCAGUGGAGUAUUUUGGGAAAGAACCACACAGCACAGUUCAGAUCUACACUGCCAACGUUUCAGGAAGUUCUGCUAUGAGGAGGUAGAAGGGCCAAGAAAAGUUUACAGCCAACUCCACAAUCUGUGUUGCCAAUGGCUCAAACCACAAAAGCACACCAAGACUGAGAUGCUGGAUCUGGUGGUCCUGGAACAAUUCUUGGCUGUCCUUCCCCUAGAGAUGGAGAGCUGGCUGAGGGAGUGUGGAGUAGAAACGAGUUCCCAGGCGGUGGCCCUGGCAGAGGGUUUCCUUCUGAGUCAAGCAGAGGAGAAGAAGCAGAAAGAACAGAAGGUCUUGAUUAUGAAAGAAACAGUUGUGGCAGAGAAGGAUCCAUUUGAAAAUAAGUGGAGUAUGCAUGAUAAGGACAGAAUCUCCACCUCAUUAGGAGAUGAAACAAGGCCAUGGGCAAUACAGACUAGUUCAUCUCAUGAUUGUGAUACUCUUCAUGCAGCUUCAGUGAGACUGGAUCAGGUAACCUUCGAAGAGGUGGCUGUGUUUUUCACUGAAGAGGAGUGGGCCUUGCUGGACUCAGGACAAUGGGCCCUGCAUAGAAAAGUGAUGGAGGAGAAUUUGGGGCUUGUGUCCUCUGUGGAUGUUGAAGAGCUACUGUGUAAGAAGGAAGUGGAAUCAUGCAGAAUGUUGUCCCUAACAACCAACUAUAAACAGAUGGAAGAAAAUGGAAGGAACACUGACUCUCAAAGGAAGGGGAAGAAAAAAGCAUCUUUUUCUAAGGGUGAGAAGGUCUGUGGAGUCUCAGUCCAAGAAAUGACAAAAGAAAGAAAGAAAAUUAGAUAUAUCUGCCUUCUAUGUGGACUAAGUUUCCAUUUUAAAGCACUCCUUAACUAUCAUGUGAGAACUCACACAGGGAUUUCUUUCAAUGGUGAUGUGUGUGGAAAGAUCCUCAGUGUAAGGAAAGCUCUGAUUUCCCAUCAAAAACUUUACAUAACUGAGAAACCAUUUCAGUGCUUGGAAUGUGGAAAGAGGUUCAGACAGAAGGCAGGACUUAUUUAUCAUCAAAGAAUCCAUACAGGAGAGAAGCCAUUUCCAUGCUUAGAGUGUGGAAAGAAGUUCAGUCACAAGCAAACCCUCACUACUCAUCAAAGACGUCAUACAGGAGAGAAGCCAUUUCCCUGCUUAGAAUGUGGAAAGAGAUUCAGCAAGAAGCCAAACCUUUCUGUACAUCAAAGAAGUCAUACAGGAGAGAAACCAUUUCAGUGCUCUGAGUGUGGAAAGAGGUUUGGACGCAAGACAGGACUUACUUAUCAUCUAAUAAGUCAUACAGGAGAGAAACCAUUUGAAUGCUCAGAGUGUGGGAAAAAGUUCAGUCACAAGGAAACCCUCACUACUCAUCAAAGAAGUCAUACAGGAGAGAAGCCAUUUCAGUGCUUGGAGUGUGGAAAGAGGUUCAGUAAGAAGCCAAACCUUACUGUGCAUCAAAGAAGUCAUACAGGAGAGAAACCAUUUCAGUGCUUGGAGUGUGGAAAGUGGUUCAGUCAGAAGACAGAUCUCACUUCUCAUCAGCGAAGUCAUACAGGGGAGAAGCCAUUUUUCUGCUUAGAGUGUGGAAAGAGGUUCAGGCAGAAGUCAAGCCUCACUGUGCAUCAAAGAAGUCAUACAGGAGAGAAACCAUUUCAGUGCUUGGAGUGUGGAAAGAAGUUCACUCACAAGCAAAACCUCACUUCUCAUCAAAGAAAUCAUACAGAUGAGAAGCCGUUUCAGUGCUUGAAGUGUGGAAAGAGGUUCAGUCACAAGCAAAGCCUCAUUACACAUCAAAGAAGUCAUACAGGAGAGAAGCCAUUUCAGUGCUUGGAGUGUGGAAAGAAGUUCAGUAACAAGUCCAACCUCACUUUGCAUCAAAGAAGUCAUAAAGGAGAGAAGCCGUUUCAGUGCUUGGAGUGUGGAAGGAGGUUCACUCAGAAGAAUGGACUUCGUUCUCAUCAAAGAAGUCAUACAGGAGAAAAACCAUUUCAGUGCUUGGAGUGUGGAAAGAGGUUCAGCGAGAAGCCAAAUCUCACUUCUCAUCAAAGAAUUCAUACAGAUGAGAAGCUGUUCCAGUGCUUGGAAUGUGGAAAAAGAUUCAGUCAUAAGCAAAACCUCACUUCUCAUCAAAGAAGUCAUACAGGAGAGAAGCCAUUUCAGUGCUUGGAAUGUGGAAAGAGGUUCAGUCAGAAGACAGGACUUACUUGUCAUCAAAGAAGUCACACAGGAGAGAAGCCAUUUCCAUGCUUAGAGUGUGGAAAGAGGUUCAUUCAGAAGCAAAACCUCACUACUCAUCAAAAAUGUCAUACUGGGGGAAAUCAUUUCAGUGCUUGAGAGUGUGGUAAGCAUUUUAUUGAGAAAAUACCUAGUCAUCAUAAAACAACUCAUACUAGGGUGUACCUAUUUCAGUCAGGUUUGGCACACUAGAAAUCCCAGUUGCCUUUACCACAAGAUUAUCGGCUUGUUUGACACUCUGGAGAGGUGCAGUGGACAGUCACUGAUGUCAUUUAGGGCAACUGGGGGUAACAUUGCAUCAAUUCCACUCACAUCUGCAGGUAACUGUUGUUUUUAUUUGUGGGGAGCAGCCAAAGCAGCAAGUGUUGUUUGAUCUUUUUCAAUUUUAUUUUAUUGUGAAGAAAUAAAAGACUUUGCAAAUGCACACUGUAGAAAUAUGAUACAGUAGAGUCUCAGUUAACCGACCUUCAGUUAUCUGACACUCCGGAUUAUCCGAUGUCCCAUGCUUCUUCAUGAGAAGAAGCAUGGGACGUCGGAUUAGGGACCAAAAUCCCCCGCCUCCCCUCCUCCCUCCCUCCUUCUUCCUUCCUCCCUCCAUUCCCUCCCUCCUUCCCUAUUUACCUUCCUUCGCAGUCACCGAGUCCUCUCCUUUGGACUGAAGAGCCCUUUGGAGGAAAGAGGAGGUCCGGGAAGAGGAGGACUAGGCGGGUGCCCAGGCCUCUUCUUCUUUGCCUCCCUUUCCUCUCACUCCAGGGAGCCCAUCGAGGGAGAGGAAAGGCCCAGGAAAGAAAGAUCUGGGCCCAUGCCAAGGCCUUUCCCUCCCAGCUUCGCUUUCCUCCCCCUGAACGUACUCUCAGGAGCCCCGUUCAAGGGGAGGAAAGGCCCGGGAAUGGAGGCCUGGGUGCUUGGCCCAGGCUUGUCCUCCGCAGCCACGGAGGACAGGCCUGGGUCAAGCACCCAGGCCUCUUCGAGGAGGCUGUGUCCUCAGCCCAGGCCUGUCCUCUGCAGCCAUGGAGGACAGGCCUGGGCCAAGCACCCAGGCCUCUUCCAGGAGCCUGUAUCCUUGGCCCAGGCCUGUCCUCCACAGAUGGGAUUAAGGUAAGUAGAGAGGAGGGGAAGGGGUAGGAAUGGAGGGGAGGGACUUUUGCUCUCGAUGGCAGUGCAGGUGUGUGCGCGCCGUCAUUGGGGACAAUGAGCCUCGGAUUAUCCGACAUUUUCGGUUAUCCGACUAUUAGUCAGCCCGUUCAUGUCGGAUAAUCGAGACUCCACUGUAGUUCAUAACAAUGAAAACAGAAUAAAAUAAACAAAUACCCAUGG